GUAAAGCACCUGAUAAUCAAAGAUGGCGGCAUUUCCGAUGUGGUUGUUUUAGUGAACUUUUGUACCUUGUUCUUUGGUGCAGAUUCGCCCUUUUCCUACACUUCUUCUCCAAGCUGACGAGUGACUGUUGUUUGGGACAUUAGCACCGCUUGUUUGUGCGGGUUUUUACGGCGCGUCGUGUUGUUUUUAUUAACGGGUUUACAAGGAGUCGGUUAACUGUCAGCGGUAACCGACAGGGGACGGGAGACAUUUGAUAUUUCACCAGCUCAGAAAUGAAGGAGGCUCUGUCCCUGGUCCAGAGACUGAACGCACACCCGGACUCCCGGUGCUGGUUCGUGAGCUGGAGCCCGUCUGGGACGCUGCUGGCUUCGUGCGGGGGCGACAAGGCCGUCCGGAUAUGGGGACGAGAAGGUGACUCCUGGAUUUGUAAGAGUGUACUUGAGGAUGGACACCAGCGCACUGUGAGGAAGGUGGCAUGGUCUCCCUGUGGGAAUUAUCUGGCCUCUGCCAGCUUUGAUGCAACCACGUGCAUCUGGAAAAAGAAGAACAAUGACUUUGAGAGUUUGACUGUUUUGGAAGGACAUGAAAAUGAGGUCAAAUGUGUGGCGUGGGCCCCUUCAGGGAAUCUGCUAGCGACAUGUAGCCGAGACAAGAGUGUCUGGGUGUGGGAAGUGGAUGAAGACGACGAGUAUGAGUGUGUUACUGUCGUGAACUCCCACACUCAAGAUGUCAAGCAUGUUGUCUGGCACCCGACCCAGGAGCUCCUGGCUUCAGCCAGCUACGACAACAACAUUUGUAUUUACAAGGAGGAGGAUGACGACUGGGAGUGCCGGGCUACCUUGCAAGGACACACGUCCACAGUCUGGAGCUUGUCUUUUGAUGCGACUGGACAGAGACUGGCCUCCUGCAGCGAUGACCGCACUGUCAAGAUUUGGAAGGAGUAUCCAAAUGAAGCCGGAGAGGACUUGUCUUGGAAGUGUGUUUGCACUCUGUCUGGGUACCAUGGACGAACGGUGUAUGAUGUCGCCUGGUGUCGGCUGACUGGUGCCCUGGCAACUGCCAGUGGUGAUGAUGCGGUUCGAGUGUUUAAGGAGGAUGAGUCGGCUGAUCCAGACCAGCUGUUGUUCUCCUUGGCUGCUCAGGUGACCAAGGCUCACAGCCAGGACGUCAACUGUGUCGCCUGGAACCCAAAGGAGGCGGGACUGCUGGCCUCCUGCAGUGAUAACGGAGAGAUGGCCAUCUGGAGGUUCCAAGAAGAAGACUGAAUGUGCGGUGUCUCACUGAACAAAAAAAAGUUACUGCAAUUUACACUGGCAACUUUGUGGUCCUGAAGACACCACGUUAUUCUUCACUCAUAUCUUACAGUUUAUCUGAUAGCUCUUCGGGAUUCUGCUUAAUAUUAUGGUGUAUAAAGAUGUCAGCUGCCAUCUUUCAUGUCUGUUUCUAAAAUGAUAAUGCUUCAGUGCAUCUUGUGCUUUGAGUCUACAUAUUUCUUUAACAGCUAAAUUGAGAAUUUAUUAAUUCAUGAUGUUUAUAUAAAUAAACAAAACAUUA